GCCGCGCGUUACAAUCCGUCGUGCAUCCCGUCCAUCGUUCGCGGUACAGCUCGCCCUCUACCCGUGUGCUCGGCCCUUUAGUCGCGUAGCAGUUUGCCGUCGUUCUGGGCGGGAGAUAGACCCCUCGGCCACACACAUACCAUGGCAGCCCAGGGAGAACCUCAAGUUCAGUUCAAGCUUGUUCUGGUUGGUGAUGGUGGUACUGGUAAAACAACAUUUGUAAAACGACAUUUGACUGGUGAAUUUGAGAAAAAAUACGUAGCUACACUUGGUGUUGAAGUCCACCCUCUGGUUUUCCAUACCAACAGAGGUCCUAUUAAAUUCAAUGUAUGGGAUACUGCCGGUCAAGAGAAGUUUGGUGGUUUGCGAGAUGGAUAUUACAUCCAGGCUCAGUGUGCCAUUAUCAUGUUUGAUGUAACAUCAAGAGUCACAUACAAGAAUGUACCCAAUUGGCAUAGAGAUCUUGUAAGAGUAUGUGAAAAUAUCCCCAUAGUCUUGUGUGGCAACAAAGUGGACAUUAAGGACAGAAAAGUGAAGGCAAAAUCCAUCGUAUUUCAUAGGAAGAAGAAUCUUCAGUACUAUGAUAUCUCUGCAAAGAGUAACUACAACUUUGAAAAGCCCUUCCUUUGGCUUGCCAGAAAACUGAUAGGGGAUCCCAACCUUGAGUUUGUAGCCAUGCCUGCUCUUGCACCACCUGAAGUGGUUAUGGAUCCUGCGUUGGCUGCACAAUAUGAGAAUGAUCUACAGAUUGCCCAGACCACAGCACUGCCAGAUGAAGAUGAUGAUCUGUGAGGUGAAUGAAGCUCGAGCCCAGAGUCAGAAGUCUAGUUUUAUAGGCAACUGUCCUGUGAUGUCAGUGGUGCAGCGUGUUUGCCACUUUAUUUAGCUGAGCAGAACAUGUGCUUAACCCUUUGGGAUGCUGAAGGAGAUGAAUGGGCUUUGGAGUGAAUGUGGCAGUUGAGAAAUAAAUCCUUCAUAUUUUGGACCUGCAUAUCUAGCUGUUUGGGACUGCAAAUAAUAUUCCCUUUAAAAGUUUCAAAUCUAAGUUAAGACUGCUACAGUCACAUCACAAUGUUCUAUGGUGAUCCUGUUUGUUACUGUCAUUCCCAUACAUUUUUCGUUUAGAUCAUAAUAAUAAAGUUGUAUUUCAAAUACCCCA